AUGUAGCCAGGGAACUCACGUUUGACACUUAACACUGGUGAACCUCCAAGUCUACUUUUAACGCGACGCUGUGGUUCACGGAGAAUUCUGGUGAUCUUGGUCGCUUGUCAGUGGUAUAUUGAGUACUGUUUUCAAUCUAUAGGCUUUACAUACUAUUCGUGAAAGUGUAAAACGGUCCCGGUCUGGAUUAUUGAAUAUUUAAAAGGAAACAUUAGGAAACUGUCUUUAGAGGAGAAACCAAAAGAUUUUUUCAUGAAAAGUAUGUGGAAUCGUGAUAACCAAUCUCCAAGGAACUGUAGAAGACUGGAUUACAAGCACGUGUGCCUCUGAGUAUUAUUCUAAAAGAUUGGAAUUACCAACAAAAGCAUAGAUUUGAAAUUACCCUGAAGAACGCAAUCCUUUCGUUUUGAACACCUUUAAAAUUCGUCAACACUACAACGAUGCAGUCGCUGCUGUUGGUGAUUGUAAGCAGCUAUUUGCUGCAGGGACCGAUGAGCCGGGUACUUCCACCGACAGAGGCGGCAACAGCUCUGCCCAUCAACAUCACUGCUGAGCCAGAAACGACUUCUGAACCGGAAACAACUGCUGAACCUGAGACAACCUCCGAACCGGAAACCACAGCAGAGGCCGAGACAAGCGCAGAACCCGAAACAACUUCUGAACCGGAAACCACAGCAGAGGCCGAGACAAGCGCAGAACCCGAAACAACUUCCGAACCGGAAACCACAGCAGAGGCCGAGACAAGCGCAGAACCCGAAACAACUUCUGAACCGGAAACCACAGCAGAGGCCGAGACAAGCGCAGAACCCGAAACAACCUCCGAACCGGAAACCACAGCAGAGGCCGAGACAAGCGCAGAACCCGAAACAACUUCUGAACCGGAAACCACAGCAGAGGCCGAGACAAGCGCAGAACCCGAAACAACCUCCGAACCGGAAACCACAGCAGAGGCCGAGACAAGCGCAGAACCGGAAACCACAGCAGAGGCCGAGACAAGCGCAGAACCCGAAACAACUUCCGAACCGGAAACCACAGCAGAGGCCGAGACAAGCGCAGAACCCGAAACAACUUCUGAACCGGAAACCACAGCAGAGGCCGAGACAAGCGCAGAACCCGAAACAACCUCCGAACCGGAAACCACAGCAGAGGCCGAGACAAGCGCAGAACCCGAAACAACUUCCGAACCGGAAACCACAGCAGAGGCCGAGACAAGCGCAGAACCGGAAACCACAGCAGAGGCCGAGACAAGCGCAGAACCCGAAACAACUUCCGAACCGGAAACCACAGCAGAGGCCGAGACAAGCGCAGAACCCGAAACAACCUCCGAACCGGAAACCACAGCAGAGGCCGAGACAAGCGCAGAACCCGAAACAACCUCCGAACCGGAAACCACAGCAGAGGCCGAGACAAGCGCAGAACCCGAAACAACCUCCGAACCGGAAACGUCGGGGGAGCCUGAGGGAACCAGUGAACCUGUGAGUGAAAAGGAGGCGGUUCCUGAAACGAGGCCAUCAGUGGCAGAAAUUGUCAUUCCUCCAUUUGCUCUCAUGGUGGUUAUAAUAUUCGGUCUCGUGUUCCUCGUGGUAAAGGCGCGUUUCACAGCCGUUCCUUCCACUCUAGUCAGCAUGGGUAAAACCGCUAUGAGAGCAAUGUGGCUUCAAAGGGCCAAAGUAUCCUGUGAACUGAAACCAAAAAUCAUCAGCAUGGAGAAUAACAACCAGGAAAAACUCGUGAAGGAUGCCGACGACGAAUUCCUUACACCCUUUGACAUUGAGGUCAUCGGUAGCCUCAGAACCUCCCACAACCGACCACUGGAACUAAUUCGAAUCGCACUUCCGGCAGUACUCUCCCUUGCUCUUUGUCCUCUGACUCUGUACCUCUAUGAACCCUUCACCUUGUUUCUGUGGCCCAAAGACCAAUACGCAACUCCUCCUGACAUCAACGACGCCAUUGCCUGUUUUCUAGCUCCUGCUGGACUGGUGUAUGCAACGUCGUUUGGCUUUGCCUUCCAGUCCGCUCUCAACAAGCAGCACGAGAUCCUCACUAAGAUGACAGAGGAGAUGAGCAUGAUAGAUCACAUAGCAACAUUUACUACAAAGAUUCGACUGCCCAACAAGAAGCUGAGGCUUGAUAUCUACCGGGCAAUAAAAGCUGAGGCUAUAUUCAUGGUAUUGCAACUUCUGGACAGGGAUCCAUCAUCAUAUGUCAACAAACCUAAGGAAGACGUGAGAGUCAAAAUUUGGUCUGUAGUAGACAUUCUGCGACAAGUGGAUACGGACAGUAAGCAUCACGUGGACAGAGUGCUACUCGAAAAAAUAAUCAGUAACAUCGUAUUUCUCAACAGCGUUUGUUCCGACCGGAUGGGUAUUCUUCACGCACGGAUACAUCCGCUGAAAUGGGCGUUCCUGGAGACACUGGGCUUCUUCUCCUUCAUAGGAAUCCUUCUUCUCCACGCAUACUCCUACCGCAUGGAACUUGUCAUGUGCAUCAUCACCGUCUUCUCCAUCAGCAUGCUGUGCUACGUCGUGUCUGACCUCGACUCGCCAUUCAGCGGCUUCUUCAGGGUCGACCUCUCCGUCUUGGAGGUGGUCAUCGAGAGGCUGGCUGCCAUGUACGAGCUGGCGAAGAUGGGGCACAGCAACUUGGUCUUCUAUCCGGAGAAGCAACCAACUAGCGUUAACAAAGCCUCGGAGUACACGAAAACGAAAUCCGACAGGGAGAGAGUCCAAGCAUGGUAACGCAGUAUGGCAUGACACCAUUACCAUUUCGUAAGAAUAGACAGAAUAAACAUCAGCCCAUGAUUUUGGAGAUGGGAAUACAAUGAUUUUGUUGAUACAUAAAGUGAAACUGUGCCGUGCUGGAAAAUCAAUAACGUGCACGUACAAUUCAAUUUGUAAAGACUGGAAACGACUGGCCUGUUACAGCUGGCAUUCUGUAUGUGUAGUAAAUACUGACUAGAGAUCCACUAGAAAGGGCAUCAAGCAGGCUUAUACCAGUGUCACCGUCUACACUCUGAGUGACUACUUCAAUUAAGGAAUACAUCAGUACUUCACGUUAUAGGUUCCACGUGCCCUUUCAUCCAGCUUGUUUGUGUCACAGAACAAAACAUUGUAUUGGGACAUUUUAACAAAGGGAUUGUGCGAGUAUUGUGUUGUGUUAAAAUGUAAAAUGUGGCCGACGGUAUGUGCACAUCCUUAGCAGAUUUUACUUGUAGAAAUGAAAGGCAUCAACUCAUAUGGAAGAUGCAAGGAGGAAUUCUGCGGCGUGGAAGUAAACACUCACAAUCAAUUGAAUACUAUUAGAUUGAUACAAGAGAGAGAGAGAGAGAGAGAGAGAGAGAGAGAGAGAGAGAGAGAGAGAGAGAGAGAGAGAGAGAGAGAGAGAGAGAGAGUUUAUUUACUUACUUGUCACGCGUUACAGUUGUCAAAAUUAAUAGUAUUUCUUAUCGUGAUAAUGCUGCCUUGUUGCGGCGUUGAAGGAAAGAGUGUAUGUAUCUGAUGUGACGUGGUAGUCGGUAAGACGUAUCAUCUAUGGAAGGGAUGUCAUGAGUCUGUGUUCAAAGCGAAGGUAUGCAUGUAUAUGAUGAGAGGUAGGAGACAGAAGAUAACCUUAUGUAGAACAUACGUAAACGGUUAUGUAACUCAUGACAACACUUUCAGAACGCAGAGUUUCACUAUGAACUAUGUAUUUGAUGUUUACUGCAGUAAUUUUGAAUACCCUUCUUGUAAUACCUCGCAUAUUGUGGUAAAUACAUUUGUAUAUAUUUGUUGAUAGACUGUUACAAUGUGUGUAUAAUACAUAUACAUCUUAACGCCACCCAUCAUCACACUGACUGUGAUAUGGAAAAAGAUAUUCUAUGUCAUUCAUUUGAUUAGAACGAUGCUUUCUUUGUAAAUGCACUUUAAAAACUAUUUUUUUGCCUUUGUGUAUUCGUUAUCAUAUACUACCACUACCAAUAUACUAUUACCUAUUAUGCUAAAUACUCUCUUGUAGAAAUACGCCUAUUGGAAAGAUAGGUUGGAUCUCAAUUGCCCUUGAAGAUUCAAUGUGAAUUCUUGAUGAUAUAUAUUGUCAGACGAAU